CAGAGUGCUUGUUGUUGUUGAACAGGCGCUCGUACCACCGGAGCUCGACAGUGUAACUCGGAGUUGAUCCGCAUUGUCGACGUCUGUCCGCUCGGAGCUUGAAGAUCCCCUUGAAAUUCUCCCGCUGCGUCAACCAUCGGGCGGUCCGUCCUAGAUAGCUCGAUAGAUCGGUUCUUAAUAGUGCCAAGUGCGUCGGUCGAAGUGACACUCUCAACGCAUGAUCGCCCCGCGUGAGCUAUGCUUACUCUGGGCGUCAUGAGCCUACUCCGGAUCCACGAGUGGGAACCGACACCAUCCUACCUUGAACUCUUCCGCGGGAUCUACGACAUAAAUUAUUACGCAUGGCACAGAAAACCUCCUGGUCGCGAGAGCUUGGCGAGCUCGUUACUCACCGACUUCGAAGCUAUGCAGCGCCUCACUCAGAAUGAAAUGUGCGCCAUACUGGUCUUGGCGGUCUCGCUCACAAUUUUCCGAGCCUUCCUCACCAAAUUCGUUCUGAGGCCCGUCGGCUCCAUUCUGAACCUCGAUGAGAAGAACUUGGUGAAAUUCCCGGAGUCGGCAUGGAAACUUGCAUUUCACGGCUGUAUGUGGACAUACACGUUCUACAUUCUCAUCUUGAGCGGGCGCCAUCACUUCUUCCAAAAACCCUCCACGGUUUGGGACGGAUGGAGCAUGGACAUGGAGGUCCACAGGGAUAUCUACCUACUAUACAUGAUCGAGGUUUCGUAUUACAUUCACGGUUUAUACACGCUGUUUGUCCACGAUGUCUGGAGAAAAGACUCCCCGGUCAUGGCAACACACCAUAUCAUCUGCAUUCUCCUGCUCUGGCUCUCCUAUGUACAAAGGUGUCACAACGUCGGAAUCCUGGUCUUGUUCCUACACGAUGUAUCCGACAUCAUCCUAGAGUUUCUGAAAAUUGUGAUUUUCAUGCGGAAUCGUCAGGGCAGACAAUACAGAGUGUACAAAUUCAUCGGCGACUUAGCAUUCAUCGUGCUCAUCUCAUCAUGGGCCUUAUCACGCCUCUACUACUACCCACUCAAAGCGAUGUACAGCACCUCUAGUCUUCUGCUGGCAACGAAGAACGAGGACGUUCUCACAUCGUGCUCGAUGAUCAUGAACCACAUGCUCUACGUCAUCUUCAUAAUGGACGUUUACUGGUUUAUUUUGAUCUCCAUGAUCCUCUUCAAGGCGAUGACCGGUAGCCUUGAGGACGGUGUCGAUGACAUUCGAGAGGACGAUGUAGCCGAGCGGGAGAAGGCACCGAAACCAACACUGAAAACCGAUUGAUCCUCUCUGCGAUAAUGGCUUCGCUGGCUGAAAGUCUUGAUUCCUAUUUUGUGUAUUUAUUUUAGGACGCUACUCAAUGGACAACGUUCCUGUGAAUAAACUCUAAUCU